AAUCAUGGAUUUCCGGAAUGGACUUCAAAUAUACGUUAUUUACAGACCGAAUGAAUGCUUAUACCUAUCAGAUGCCAUCUCUUGUGGAGUAGGGGGUAUUAUUGCCCUUCCUCAGGUCUUUGAAUCUGAUCAACCCAAGUAUUGCUGUGCUGUGCUGGAGCUUGUGACCAUGGAGGAGAAACAGGAUUUUGAUUUAGAGACGGAAAAAGUUUUCCAGGCUCUCCAGUGUUUUUCAAGGGAUCAAAGAGCUGAGUUAACAGAAAUCGCUAAUGUUACCAGAGCUGUAUGCCAAACACACAGAUUGCCACUUGCUCUGACAUGGAUUCCUUGUGAUUAUACCUGGGGAGCUGUUGAUGAUAUUUCAAAAUCUCAUAUCAGAUUAUGUAAUUCAGGUUUUUUGAGGACAUGUGAACUUUCAAUAGAGCGUACAGCUUGUUAUUCAGAUGAGGAGAUGCAAGGCUUUGUGAAUGCUUGUGAGCAACUAUUUCUGAACACAGGGCAAGGUGCUGCUGGACAAGCCUUCAAAACAUGUCUUCCUUCCUUUGAGCCUGAUGUGAAGGAAAAGCAUGUAAGGGAGUAUCCUCUUGCUCAUCACGCACGAAAGUAUAAUUUGAAUGCUGCGGUUGCAAUCCUGCUAAGGAGCACUGGUGAUGAUUGUUUCUAUAUAUUAGAGUUCUUUCUCCCUAUCCUCGUGAAAGAGAGUUCAGACCAGCAAGAAUUGGUUGAGAAACUGAAGCUUACAAUAAAGCAAACUUGUAAGAGCUUGGCAAUGUUUUCAGAAAAACCAUUCAUCAGGAAACGAGGCUCGAAAGUUAGUAAAAACAAUGAUAAAAUUGAACCUGCUCCAGAUCCUGAUGGUAAUAUGUUCAUCGAAUGUGCUGAUAAUAAACGACGAAAGGUAUCUGAAGUGUGGAAACAUUUCGAUAAGGUUAAAGACAAAGAAAAUGGUGCAGUAUGGGCCAUAUGUAAAGGAUGUCAAAAGAAGUAUCCAGGGGAAAGCACGAAGGGAACUUCAAAUCUACACAAACACUUAAAAAGUUGUUCAAAAAAGGGACAGAGAGAUGCAAAACAACAUACAUUGCCUUCUGAUUUGGGAGGGAAUUUCGUGUUUGAUCAAGAAAGGAGUCACCUUAACUUUGUUAGAAUGAUUAUGAAGCUCGGAUUUCCAUUGGAUAUGGUUCAAAAUGAGUUCUUCAAAACUUUUGUCUCCGAUCUGCAGCCAAAGUUUCAACUCUGUUCACAAGACAGUGUACAGGCUGAUGCUCUUUCUAUUUACAGACAAGAGAAAGAGAAACUAAUGAAAUAUCUUGAUAAUCUCUCAUCUCUAUUCAGUAUAACAAUUGAUUUGCAGUCAUACGGUGAUAACAAGAUAACCUGCUGCUUGACCAUGCAUUUUAUUGAUGAUGGGUGGAGGAUGAAUAAGAAGAUUUUGGCUUUCAGGAGUAUAGAACAUGAUUAUAUGAAUGAAGCUGUGAAAGAUGUGCUAGUGGAGUGGAACAUCAUUAAGAAAGUGCACUUCAUGUUUGCAGAAAUUGCUCCACCAAACAGUCAAAUGACUAGAGAAUUCAGAAGUAAGCUUGUCAGUCAAUUCCCACAUAUGAAUGGGGACUUGCUAUGUUUUUCUAGCUACGCACAAACUCUUGAACUUCUUGCUCGAGAUGGGUUUUAUGAGAUAAAAGAUGUGCUUAACAAGAUUAGGGGCUGUGUUGAAUAUGUGAAUGCAACACCAAUUAACCAAGAUAAGUUUCGGGAAGCAAUUAAUAAUGUGAAAUUGCAAGAUAUGAAAGCAGCCUCUCAUGAUGAUCCUACCAGAUGGGAUACUACAUUUGUCAUGCUCAUGAGUGCAUUGGAAUUAAGAGAAGCUUUUACUCAACUCGAGCAAGUUGAUUUUGAUUUUAAGGUGAAUCCAUCUGCAGAGGAGUGGAAGAUGGCGAUGAGUGUAUGUGAGUGUUUAAAAGUGAUCCACAAAUCUUUAGGCAGUUCUUCAUCAAGCAUAGAUACAUUCUUCUUCCAUGUUUGCUCUAUAUAUAAGAACUUGCUUUCAUGGGAAAAGAGUGAGCAUGCAUAUGUUUGUUCGAUGGCAAAGAGAAUGAAGGUGAAUCUUGAUAGGCAUUGGAGUGAAUGGAGUUUUGCAUUUGGAAUCCUAUUAGUACUCGACCCGCGCUGUAAACUUAAAUUUGUGCAGUAUGGGUUUUUGCUGAUGUAUGGCAGUGAUGCUAGCAAAUACUUGCUGGAAUUUCGUAGCAAACUUACAUGUAUGUACAACAGUUAUGCGAAUGACACUGGUUAUAUAGCAUCACCUGCCAGCGACAUCAGUUGUUUGCCAUCAUAUGAUCUGGAUUCUGAUGGUAUGUUCUUGGGAUUCUGUGAGUGGCUUAAGGUUGAUCCGCCAAAAUCUGAUCUUGAUCGGUAUUUAGGAGAGCCUGUGGAAAACCGGGAUAAGGUUUCAGAUGUAUUAGCUUGGUGGCGAGUCAAUGCUCCAAGAUUUCCAACCCUUGGUAAAAUGGCUCGUGAUUUCUUAGCAAUUCCAAUAUCAGCGAUUCUAUCAAAGUCUACUAUCAGCGGUGAAGCUACAAAGGUGAAUCCAGCAUUCAAUGUUUUGGGGCCAGAGACCAUAGAGGGUUUUAUAUGUGGACAGGACUGGUUGGAAAGCUCUGAAAACAACAGCAAGGAAGGGAAGCCUGGUUCUUCUCUGGUCUCCUCAAAUGUGAGAUUUGACUCACCUGGGAAGCAAAUGUCCAAAUAUUUGGUUGGUCCGUUUAUAGUGAGCAAACCUACCAGUCCAGAGGACUUAAAGUUAAUCCAAUAUGUCUUUGAUUCUUCACUGAGUGAGAGUGAGACUAUUGUCCAAUGCAAGAAUUAUCAUUUAUCUCGGAGGGAACUCUACUCUCUGAGACCAGAGACCUGGCUUGAUGAUAACGUCCUUUCUACGAUAUCUGAUGCCAUGACUUUAGUUAAGAGGAAGAUGGAAGAUUCUGUAAAUUGGUAUCUGCCAAUUGUUUUUGCGGCGAAUGCAGAUGAUCCAUCUAAGUGUAUUUCUUUCGCGAAAAAGCACAGGAUCAAGGAAAACUACAUGUCAGAUCUUUUGUGCUGUGAAAAGGCGUUUGUUCCUGUGUUUGACAACGAAAGAAGGCAUUUCUUUCUAUUUGUACUACAAUUGAAAAAGCAAGUUGUUGAGAUAUGGGAUUCAUUAGCUGCAUCAUGUCAGAGUGAUUGGGUUGACAGGCGACUGCAUAACUUGUUGGUUAGCCUGGACGCCCUUUUCAAAGAUGAUAUAGAUCAGAACUACCAAAAAGUUUGGUCCUUCACAGAUUUCAGAGUGGAAAGACCAUCGAAUGUCCCACAGCAACAAAAUGGACAUGACUGUGGUGUGUAUGUUAUCAAGUUUAUGCUAGCACCAGAAGAAGCGACAAAUCCUGAUUUUGUGUUCUACAGUGAAAACGAGAGGUUGGAAGUGGUACUAAGAUUGCUAGUGAGUGAUGUCAACUCAUGCAGGAAUGAUUUGGCUUCUAAGGCUGAGACAUAUUAUGAGCAGAGGUUUGGAAAUCAUUGAGAAUUUUUGGCAAGAAAUGAGAAUAUGAAAGAUGUAAAUCAUCGAUAGGAAAGAAAGUAUUCAGACAACAUAUAGGAAUUCAACUUCAAGGAAGCUUACCAGAGAAUGUGGGCUGCAUGAGAAAGGAACUCAAUGCUCAUCAAAUCAGCUGUGAAUGGUCAUUAUUGUAAACAAUUUAGUAUAAUUGGUACAGACAUAAAAUGGCAAUAUGGGAAACAGUCAUCUGGUUGCCUUGCCCCUCCUGCACAUUCCUGUGGAGAUUUCUGGCUGAACUAAAAACUAUGAGUUGUUUCAUCAUUUCAUAUAUAUACCAUGUAAAUAUUAUAUAAAGGCAAACUGCUAUGGACCUGUCUAUGUAAUCUGAAAAUCUCAAGGAUGAUCCAAGUACUACGUAAAUGCAAAUCAGUUGCUCGA